GGGGUGGGGCGGGGCGGGGCUCCUCCCGGCCCGCGGAAGACACAGAGCGCGCCUGCGCCGCCCCUCCACGAUCAGCGCGGUGCGCAGCUGGAGCUCCUAAGCCCUGAUGGAGAACGAGGAGUUUUUAGACUCCUCUGCCUUUCCGGAUGGGCGUGGCGCGAGAAAAAUAUCCGCUCCCUCCGAAGCCCUUCGGAAGCCCUUAGUACUGAGGCUCCUGGAGGCGCACAAGCAUGAGGGGCCUGAGGAGCCAGAGGAGUCUGAGGAACCUGAGGAGCCUGAAGAGGCCAGCAAGCAGAGCCUCCCAGACCAAUGGGACGAGUUUGAUGAGCCCGAGGAGACAUCUGAACCCCACGCGCCCUAUGAGCUCCACGAGCCCUAUGAGCCCCACGAACCCUAUGAGUUCCACGGAGCCUACGCGCCUCAAGCACCCCGCAAGCCCCGUAAGCUCCAUGAGCCCCAUAAACCCCAGGAGUCCCAUGCUCCCCGAGAGCUCCACAGGCCCUACGAAGUCCAGUUGCUUCCCAGAGCUGCCGCCAUGGUGAUCUCCCCUUCUCUGGUGACCAGGUUCCCGCCGAAGGUUCCGCCAUCUUCCCUGAGCGAACCUGGUGUCUGUGGCAUUGCAAGAAAACGUUUAUUUUCUAGGAAGAGAAUCCAAGAUCUUUCUAGGCCCAAAAAACAAUGGGGAACCCCAGAUAGAAAACUGUUUUGGGGGAAUCAAGAUCCUAUUUGGCCUAUCGCCCAUACUGCUUUGAAAACUCAGCUGACCAAGAGACUGGAGGAGCUUGCCCAUCCCAAAGAAGUCUCCCACCAAUAUGUACCUAACAGGGCUCAAUAUUACUACAGCUGCGGUAGAGAGUCUGGAAUUUGGGAGAUCCCUUCUUCUGCCCUGUUGAGCCAACCCUCCAAAAGGAUCCAGAAGCUGGCACAGCCCAACAGAUUCAGGAAAGAAUAUCUAAUAAAUAGGCCCUACAGUGAUUACUUAACAAGAGAUUCUCUUCAAAUCUCUUAUCCUUCUGCCCGGAUAUUACAACUCUCUAUAGCCAAAGCCACAAAUCCAAACUAUGUUCCUCCAAAAACGAUUGGAACCGAGAUUUCAGUGCCUGCCCUGACUGCUGUUGCCACUCCAAGAACUAUAGACCUUGCCCAUCCAAGGAUCAAGAUAGAGGGUCUGUGCUUUGAAAGAGAACAAAGUGAACUGCCCAUCCGUCCUAUACCCCGUGCUGCCUUGCUAUACAAACCUACCCCUCGAAUAAUAGCUCUAGCUAAGGCCAGGCCUCUUCAUCGAGAUUAUCGACCUGACCGUGAUGCCCACUGGCCAGUAUCUUAUGCUGCUAUCCAUUGCAAACUAUCUCCCAGAAUUCAAGAACUAGCCAAUCCAAAUAAAAGGUCACAUUCUUUUUCCCCCAUUUCAGGUCUCCUGUGCAUAUUAUAUAUUACGAUCCAGAUGUUUUUAAAGUCAAGCCAGCUGCUUUGAAAAGUCAGUGUUCUCCAAGGAUCCAGGAGCUGGCAGAACCAGUUGUGCAUUAAAUACAGAAAGCCGCAUCAGUCAGACUCUAGUUAUGUGUCUAGAAAACAUAUGAGGUGACUUAGUUCCCUACUCUGAGCUCAUCACCUCGUAUUCCCGCAUCCUCUCCAAACCAUCGAGAUCUCCAGGGAACACCACUGUGACCAUCAAAUAGCAAUUCCUGGUGUUACCUGCAGUCAUGUCUUCAGCAGAUUUGGAGACUCGAGCACACAAUAAAAGAGAAGCUGAGAGCCUGCCUUAUCCUUGCUCUAUCUCCUCACAAGCAUCUUGGCCAUCUCAUUGCUCUGGCUGACCUGAGCAAACAAUUCCUUGUGUUUGCUGACUUUGUUUUCCUUUGCCUGGAGAGAUCCAGAUUCCCCAGCAGCUGGUCUCUGCUCAGUCUCUGCUCUAGUAAAUCCUGGGAACGGGAAUAAUUCUUUGUGUUGUUUUUCCAACCUCCCCUCCUUAACCAAGAAGUAAGACCGAAACGGUGAAGCCUUUUGGGAUAACUUGAAAUGCUUUUCAUGAUCCGUAGAUGAAAUUUAGGGAACAGGUUGCCUUAAAUAAUCACCCCUGCCCCAAUCUCUGUUCCUUCACUCAGGCUGCGUCAUUUAUCAGGAAUGACAGAAAAAGCAAGGUAUUUGGUAAGCAUUGGAUUCUCUGUCAAGUUACAUCUGCCCAGAGUUUUUAAAAUUUAAUUGUUUUAUUCUCUUUAGGGAUCAGUAUUUUACAAAUGAAACUAAGUUUUAUGACAUAUUUAGAUUUACAUGAAAAUGAUCUUAUCUGAUAACCAGUUUUACAGAUGGCUGAGUUCUGUCUCCAAUGCUCUGUGUUAAGGAGAUAACUAGUGUUAUGGAGAGGCAAUAUCAUGUAAUUUUGAACUUGCAUUUUGGAAUCAGGCAGACCUGGCUUAGUCUCCCCAUGGAUCAUUUAUGGCAGGUAUGUGAUUUUGAACACAUUUCCUAACCUCUGCCCCCACCCCGUGCCUGUUUCUUUAUGUGUAAAAUGGGUUCCUGCUGCAUUAUUGUAAAGAUUAAAUAAGAAAAUUAUGGGGGUUCCUGAGUGACUCAGUCAGUUGAGCAUCCAGCUUGUGAUUUCAGCUCAGGUCACGAUCUCAGGGUUGUGAGAUUGAGCCCCACAUCCUGCUCUGCACUCAGUGGGGAGUCUGCUGCUUUCCCUCCCUUACCCCUCCCCCCAUUUGCACUCCCUCUCUCUCACACUCUCUCUCAAAUAAAUAAAUCUUUUAAAAAAAGAAAAUCAUGUAAAAAAGUAUGAAUUGGGAAAAAAUUGUUUACAAAUUUAGCUCCUUUUAUCUUCUAAGAGGGGGAAGGGAUAGUUCAUAUCAAUGGGAAAAUAAAAACCUUUAUGGCUUGAUUCAUACAUCGAGUGAAUGUUUGUUGAGUGGCUUUGCUUUGCCAGGUACUGUACCAGGCAUUGGAGAUCAUCCCACUAACCCCAACAGCUCUCAUGGGCUGUUGAGCCAAUUGGGAGAGAUGGAGGUAAUUCACACAUUCACUAAUGUAAAACUACACAGGUGGCAAAGUGCCAUGACAGAGAGAUUAUAAUCCUGGAAAUAACAGGAUAGAGAACUCUGACUCCCUUGGGAGGGCAGAGGAAUAUUUUUUUAAUGAAGGGAUAAUUGGGCUGGAAUCUAAAAAUUGAGUAAGGUUAACUAACCACAUAGGAGGUGGGAAGUCAGUCCAGGUAGUGGGAACAUGUGUUUAGUGGACAUUUGUUGAUUUGGGAGCCAUCCUACAUCCAUUUCUCCUCCUCCUGAUAAGAACUCCCAGUUUGCUUUUGGAGAAUUACUUUGUCUUCAUUGUUUAAAGCUUUACUGGUACUUUUUUUUAGUAUUUUAUUUAUUUGAGAGAGAGAGCACACAAGCAGGGGGUAAGGGGCAGAGGGAGAGGGAGGAGCAGACUCCCCACUGAGCAGGAAGCCCAAAGCAGGGUUCAAUUCCAGGACCCUGAGAUGAUGACCUGAGCCAAAGGCAGACAUUUAACCAACUGAGCCACCCAGGCGCCCCUGGGGCUUUGAAGCUUAUGCAGAGUGGUGCAAGGGCUGGUGUUUCCCAGUAGCGGUGCCCUGAUGAGACUUAUUCUGCUCCUACCCCCUGAGUCCCUGGAGCUGCCGUGACCCUUCGCCUACUCCUUUGACUCAGCAGGUGCCCGCAGCCUUCUAGUAAAUCCCCUGUGGCAGGCAGACAGAUGCAGUGAGGACUGAAGGAAAGCCGGUUUCAUUCAAACAGAGGUAGAAACGGGGUUGCACGUUGCAAGAGGAGCAGAAGGAGGGAAGCCAGACCAUGCAGGGCCCUGGAGGCCAUGUUGAAGGCUAUGCUUUUUAUCCUAAAACCCAUGAGAGUUGUUGGAGUAAUGUACACACAGGGAUAAUGUAACCAGGGUUGCCAUUUGAAAAAACGUCCUUGGACAAAUAAAUCAGAAGGGAGACAGUAGAAGUAGGUAGACCAGGGGGCUAUUUAGUAGGUUGGACGAAAGAAGAAAACAGUUUGGUGGUACAAUAGUAAAGAUGGAAAGAAAUGACAAACUGACAAGAGAUUUGAGGAGGUGAAUUUUUAUGGCAUUUGGUGAUGGGUUGAAUAUGAAUAUGGUGUGGGAGAGAGGGAAGCAGUUAAGAACUCCUGGAUUUCUAAGUUAUGAAAUAAGCUAGAAGCGUCUGAAUACACAAAUGGACAAUGGCCGGGCCGUUACGACAGUAGACUCUGACUUACAGCCUUCGCAGGGAUCACCAGGUUAGGGACCUAAACCACAACCCCUGUAGCAAUUAGCCCAGAAGGGUCAGGAUUUGGUCAGUGGUCCUUACUGCUGCCAAUUUUUGCCCCCACCUCCAAGUUUCAGGGCCAACCAGAGAGAGCCAAAUAUAUUCCCCAGGCCAGUCACACAGGAUGCCCUAUUUCUGGUUAGCUCAUCUCUGAGCUCCCCCCACCAGCAGCCUUUAAUCAGAGCAUGCCCAAACCUCCUCCUUGUCCCCUGUAAAGCUUUAACACUCUGUCUUUGAGUCUCUGCCAGAUGCAAGCAGCAAUGUCUGACUCAUAAUACAAGCUCUAAAUAAAUAGCCUGGUGUGUCCUCAUUUGGGUAAUCUUGAUUUCCACAAUUUAUCCCUUCAGUGGGAGAGGACCAGAAGAGGAAACUAGAGAAGCAUGUGUUCAGUUCUGGACACUUAGAUUAGAAGACGCUUUUUGGAUGCUUUGAGAUCAAAGGAGAUGCCAGGUGCCGGGCUAUCUUAAGACUUGCUUGGUUCCUGGGCACUUUUGCCUUUCUGGGUUCUUCCUUAUAUUAAUAUGAAAAAUUACAUUUUAUGACUGUUCUUAUAAAGAUGGACAUAUUAAUAUUGCAUAUUAAAAUAUUUUUUUAACUAAAAGUUUCUUUUUUCAUUCUCAUUUAAAGCUGCAACAUCUUUGUGAGCUCCUGAAAAUACUGUGAGCUACGGGCAUUGGGCCUACUGUCCCCAAUAAGACAGAUGGCCCUGUUCAGGUAGGCAGUCCAUAUAUGGGUCUGUGUUGCUGUGAGUGGACCUGUCUACUGAGGAUUAACAGGUGCAAGUCAUCUCUGUCAAGUGUGAUUGAACCUGGGGUGGAGGGGGGAGAGAAGAGGGACCAGGAAGGUAUGAACCCUGACUUGGUAUUUGCUGAUAUUGAGGAA